AUGCCUAAACAGGAUACGGAAGAACUUCGCCGCCGCCGCCUCUCGGAGAGCAGCUCCGACGAGCAAGAGCUUGACAUGGCAUCCCUUCAGCUCGAACCGGGCCACAACUUGAGGAACGUACAGAAAAAGAAGGCAGUGGCCAAGGGUGUCGCCAAAAAGCACAAAGUGGAAUCGUCGGAAGAUGAGGAAGAGCUCGAGGAGGCUGAUCAUCCCAACGUGGCCAAGCCGCGCAGGAAACAAGAUCACGGUAAAAGGAGCAAGCUAACUGAAGAUCGGCUGACUGAUGAGGAGAGUCUGCACUCGGAGGGGGAAGACUUCGAGGCUGUGGAGGAUGGGAAGCCAUCGAAGAAACGCAUGAAGAAAGAGCACGAAGAUUGCCUUCACUUUUUCAAUACCGCAAAGGCUAACGACCUGACCGAGCUGCCCCGGGGCACGAAAGAACUGGCCAAGUUUGUGAUCGACAAUCGUCCUUUUGGCAACUUUGAUCAGCUGGAGCUGAAGCUUUCUCGCGAACGCGGCGGCUACGCCGUCAUCGAGUCGUACAUCGAGGAUCUGCGAAAGCGUGGCAUUCUGAAGCGUAUCCUCGACUGCUGCGACGUUGACUCGGCCAAUGUGGAAAAGGAUUUCGAGCAAGUCAAACAUGACGACACCCUGCCGGCUCUCCUUACUAAAGAUUAUCACCUUCACCGUUAUCAACAGGAAGGCCUCAACUGGCUGAUCAUGAUGCAUAAGAAGAAGUUGAACUGUAUCCUGGCUGACGAGAUGGGACUGGGAAAGACGAUCCAAAUCAUUGCUUUUUGCGCUUGGUUGAAAGAAAAGGGAGUGAAGGGCACGCAGCUGAUUAUCGUCCCGUCGUCGACCAUGGAGAAUUGGAUGGCUGAGCUCGAGAGAUGGUGUCCUGCUCUAAAGGUUUUGGUUUACUAUGGCUCGCAAGACGAACGCUACCAGAUUCGCGCUUCGAUGAAGAAGAAGAAGACCAAGGCGGACAUCAUCUUGACCACCUACAAUAUGAGUACCAAACCAGCCGAUCGCAAAAUCUACCAGCAGUUCGAGAUAAAUUACGUGAUCUACGACGAAGGCCAUAUGCUGAAGAAUUGUGGUUCGCUACGUUUCCAGCAACUCAUCACUAUCAAGAGCAAGCGCAAGAUCCUGCUCACCGGCACUCCUCUGCAGAACAACCUCAUCGAGCUCAUCUCAUUGAUGUACUUUGUGAUGAAAGAUGUUUUCGACAAGUAUUGCGAUGACAUGAACCAUCUUUUGUCUCACUUCAAGCAGCAAGGAGGUCGUGUUAAUGAUGCCGCUGAGAAAGCCCUCUACCGGCGCGAUCGCAUUGACCAAGCCAGGUCCAUCCUUGAACCAUAUGUCCUCAGGCGGCUGAAGAUUCAGGUUCUUUCGGAAUUGCCCAAGAAGACUGAACAAACUGUGGCCAUUGAAAUGACGGAUCAUCAGGUGAUGCUCUACAAUUACCAGCUUGAGCUGGCUCGUGAAUCACAAGACGUCGAUCGUCCGAAGCUUCGUGAUCUUUACACCGGCAUGAUGCGUCUCAGGCAAGCGGCCAACCAUCCUCUGAUGACGCGUUCCGUCUAUAACGAUGACGAAUGUGUCAAGAUCGCUCAGCAGCUCAUCAAGGAGCGCCCCUACGAGAAGAAAAACCCGGACCAUCUCGCCGAAGACUUGACUUGCCUCUCGGACUUUCAGAUCCACAAGAUUUGUGCCAAGUUUGCUUCCACGAAACAGUUUCUAUUGGACAGCGAACUGUCUGUGUGCAGCGGAAAAUGUGCCUAUCUCGAUAAGGAGCUGGCUCGCAUCAAGGGAAUGGGCGAGAAGGUGCUGAUCUUCUCGCAAUUUACCGAGAUGCUCGACAUUCUCCAGUUGUACAUGGAAGUCCGGGGCCACACUUUCUUGCGUCUCGAUGGAAGUACACCGGUGCUCACACGGCAACACCUCAUCAAUGAAUACAACAAUGAUGAUUCGAUGUUCGUCUUUCUGUUGUCGACUCGCGCUGGUGGAUUGGGAAUCAACCUGACCGCCGCCAAUCACAUCAUCAUUCACGAUAUUGACUUCAACCCCUACAAUGACAAACAAGCCGAAGAUCGUUGCCACCGUCUCGGUCAGAAGAAGCCCGUACAGGUUAUGCGCCUUGUCGCUAAAGAUUCCGUCGAGGAAGGCAUGGAAAGACUGGCCAAACGGAAGCUGGAUCUCGAACGUGAAGUGACGAUUGCUGCUCGUGGAGCUCCUGCUGCUGCCGAUGCGGAAGAGACUGAAGGCCACAGCGAGGAAGAAGAGGACGCCAAUGAGCUGAGGCGCAUCAUGACUCAAGCCAGGGCCGUUCGACGUCGCAAG